AUGGACCAAGAAAUCCAACUCAACCAGAGGCCAUCACAGCGACAGCAACAAGGAGGAGGAGGAGGAGAAGAAGAGCUUGGCGGCGCCGCGAGGACCACCACCACGGCGCCAGCGCCGGCGCCGGCGCCGCCACAAGAUGAACAGCAAGGGCACCAAGCACAAGCAGCAGCACCUGUCGACGUGCAUGGCCAAGGCGGCGGCGGCGGCGGCGCGACAGCCCAGAGCCACCGCAGCAGCAAGCUGACGCUGCUCCCUCUCGUCUUCCUCAUCUACUUCGAGGUGGCCGGCGGGCCGUACGGCGCCGAGCAGGCGGUCAGAGCGGCGGGCCCGCUCUUCACGCUGCUCGGCUUCCUCGUCUUCCCCUUCGUGUGGGGCGUCCCGGUGUCGCUCGUCACCGCCGAGCUCGCCGCCGCGCUCCCGGGCAACGGCGGCUUCGUCGUCUGGGCCGACCGCGCGUUCGGCCCUCUCGCCGGCUCGCUGCUCGGCACGUGGAAGUACCUCAGCUGCGUCAUCAACAUCGCCGCGUUCCCGCCGCUCGUCGCCGACUACCUCGGCCGCGUCGCGCCGGCCGUCGCGCGACCGGGCAGGGCGCGCACGGGCACGGUGGUCGGCAUGACCGUCUUCCUCUCCUUCCUCAGCUACGCUGGCCUCAGCAUUGUCGGGUGGGGCGCCGUCGCCCUGGGCUUCGUCUCGCUGGCGCCGUUCGUGCUGAUGACGGCGAUGGCGGCGCCGAGGACGCGGCCGCGGCGGUGGGCGGUGCAGGUGGAGACGACGAAGAGAGACUGGAGGCUCUUCUUCAACACGCUCUUCUGGAACCUCAACUACUGGGACAGCGCCAGCACCAUGGCCGGCGAGGUGGAGCGGCCGGAGCGGACGUUCCCGCGAGCGCUCGCCGUGGCGGUGGUACUCAUCGCCGUCAGCUACCUGCUGCCGCUCAUGGCGGCAGUCGGCGCCACGGACGCGCCGCCGGAGGCGUGGGAGAACGGCUACCUGGCCGACGCCGCAGGGAUCAUCGGCGGGCGGUGGCUCAAGUACUGGACGGAGGCCGGCGCCGUGCUCUCCUCCGUCGGCCUCUUCGAGGCGCAGCUCAGCAGCGGCGCGUUCCAGCUCCUCGGCAUGGCGGACCUGGGCCUCCUCCCGUCCGUCUUCGCCCGCCGCGCGCGGGGCUCCGCCACGCCGUGGGUCGCCAUCGCCGCCUCCGCCGCCGUCUCGCUCGCCGUCUCCUUCCUCGGCUUCGACGACGUCGUCGCCACCGCCAACCUGCUCUACAGCCUCGGCACGCUGCUCGAGUUCGCCGCCUUCCUGUGGCUCCGCGCGAGGCAGGGCGCCACGCUCAAGCGCCCCUACCGCGUGCCGCUCCCGCUGCCGGCGCUCGCCGCCAUGUGCCUCGUGCCGUCGGCGUUCCUGGCGUACGUGGUCGCCGUCGCCGGGUGGAGGGUCUCAGCCGUCGCCGCCGCGCUCACGGCGCUGGGCGUCGGGUGGCACGGCGCCAUGAGGGUGUGCAGGACGAAGAAGUGGCUCCGGUUCAACGCCGCCGUCGCCGCCGACCAUCAUCUGCAGCUCCAAGAUGCUCCUCCUCAUGCGGACAGCAGAGUCUGAACUCUGAACCCUUUUUUGACAGAUUUCAUCUUGCAAAAGAUGAAACAUGGAAGAAACACAUGUAUGAAUUUGGCGAAGGUUUGAAAUGAUGUAUGGAACAUGUAUUCAAACGCGAGGAAGGUA